AUGGCGUCGCCCAGCGUGGGACCGGCGCCUCCGGGCUAAGAGCUCUCUCCCGCUGUCCGACGCUGAGGAGCGGCGGCGCUGGCCGCUACCCAACCGAGCCGGGCGAGGAGGACCGCUCGCAGCGCAGUGAGGGGUGCGGCCUCUGAGGGGCAGAGGCUGAACCGCCCUGCCCGACGCGCAUCCUCCCCGCCUCCGCCGCGGCGCCGGCCCCCGCCAGAUUCCCAGCCGAGCGGCAGGAGGGAGGACGCCGACUCCGCUGCAGGAGAGUGAAUGAACUUAAUUGAGAAUGUCUGAAAACCUUGACAAGUCCAAUAUAAAUGAAGAAGGAAAAUCAAAAUCAAAUGAUUCUGAGCAAGGCCUUGAAGAUGCUGUGGAAGGUUCUGAUGAAGCUUUACGGAAAAUAAAGUCGGGCUCUCCUAGCACCCCAAGAGUGCAAAGACCUCACUCCAGUGCUCCUCGAUUCGUGACAGUAGAAGAACUUCUAGAGGCAGCAAAAGGAGUAACUAACAUGACCAUAGCCCAUGAAAUUGUGAUAAAUGGAGACUUUCGGAUUAAACCAGUUGAAUUACCAGAAGACAGCUUGGAGAAGAAAGUAAAGGAUAUUGUACAUAAAGCUUUUUGGGAUUGCUUGAGUGUCCAGUUAAGUGAAGACCCCCCAACUUAUGACCGGGCCAUCAAGCUUGUUGGUGAGAUCAAAGAGACGCUCUUAUCUUUCUUGCUGCCUGGUCACACUAGACUGAGAAACCAGAUAACAGAAGUCUUGGAUCUGGAUCUGAUAAAGCAGGAGGCAGAGAAUGGGGCCCUGGACAUUUCCAAGCUGGCAGAAUUCAUUAUUGGCAUGAUGGGGACACUGUGCGCACCUGUUCGAGAUGAGGAAGUGAAGAAACUAAAGGACAUUAAGGAAAUAGUGCCCCUUUUCAGGGCAAUUUUUUCCGUGUUGGACCUAAUGAAAGUGGACAUGGCAAACUUUGCUGUCAGUAGCAUUAGGCCACAUCUCAUGCAGCAGUCAGUUGAAUAUGAAAGGAAGCAGUUUCAAGAGUUUUUGGAGAAGCAGCCAAAUUCCCUGGACUUUGUCACCCAAUGGCUGGAAGAAGCCACAGAUGACCUUAGGAAUCAGAAGUAUAGAAAUGCCCUGCCGGCUGUGGGAGAGGCCUCUGGCUCUGGGGACGGUCCCGGACCAGAUCCUGUUGCUGUCCAGAAUUAUGCGUACCUGAAGCUUCUGAAAUGGGACCACCUCCACAGACCUUUCCCCGAAACAGUUUUGAUGGACCAAUCUCGCUUCCAAGAGUUCCAGCUCCAGCUGGCGCAACUGACUGUCCUGGGGGCCGUGUUGCUGGUCACGUUCAGCAUGGCAGCCCCAGGAAUUUCCAGCCGGGCCGACUUCGCUGAGAAACUCAAGAUGAUUGUGAAGAUUCUGCUCACAGAUAUGCAUCUGCCCUCCUUCCAUCUGGAGGAUGCCCUGACUACCAUUGGGGAGAAAGUCUGCCUGGAGGUGAGCAGCUGCCUUUCCCUGUGCGGGUUCAGCCCCCUCACCACGGACAAGGAGACCGUGCUCAAGGGCCAGAUCCAGGCUGUGGCCAGUCCUGACAACCCCAUCCGCAGGAUCGUGGAUUCCCGAAUCCUGACCUUCUUAGAAACCUACCUUGUCUCCAGUCAUCAGAAGCCAUUGCCCACAGCCCCAGGGGGAUUAGGUCCAGUUCAAACAGAGCUGGAGGAAGUUGCCAUUAAGUUCGUGCGCCUGGUCAACUAUAACAAGAUGGUCUUCAGUCCCUACUAUGAUGCGAUCCUCAGUAAGAUCCUUGUCAGACCCUAACUAAUGCCUGUGCUCCCUGCAGCAGCAGUGUUACCCACUUGACCUGUUCUCAGCUGUAGUGUUGCUUUGGAAAAUGGCUGCUUAGUACAUUUCUGUUUAACAGCACUGAUGCCCAAAGGAAGAAUAUUGUGUAUCACUGUUGAAAAGACUUGUUGAAAAAUGUACUAACUUCUCUUUUGAGGGUUUGUGUUUAUGAGUGCAAGUUUACAAAUCAGAGAAGCUUUUCGUUAUCGUGAGUUUUGUAGGUAGCACUCAGCUUUUAACGGGUGGACUGCCGUGUGUCUCCACCCACACCCUAUCAUGAUCGUAGUUGCCUCGUCUCUCCCAGCAGCCCGGGACCUCUUCUGCCAUCUGGCUCGUUUUUCUUUCAGACACCCAAGAGUAUCUGACAGCCACCCCAGAGUGAACAGAACCAGGCCGUGAUGCGUUUAGACCCUUGCCCCUCUCUUGCCCAGCCCAGCCCUCCUUCCUCCAUGUAUUUUGUGUUGGAAGGACUUUAUACAGUCUCACUGCCUCCACACACCUCCCGCACCCACUAUUUAUUGCUUUCUCCCUACCUGGGCUAGCCGGAGCCUCAGAACCCUUUUGUUCUAGAGGAGAGUUAUUUGAUUUUAAAAAGCUUACUUGUUUUUACAAAAUUACUUCUGAGCCUGGAUGAUAGCAGUUAUGGGAUCUAGAGAAAGGAAAAUUCUGUGACUUUUAUGCCUUGAAAGUCAAGGAGGAAUAUUUUUUUAAAUAUAUGUUAGUGUAAUGUAUAGAAGAGGACAGAUGUCUGAAGUUUUUACUGAGAAGUUCACUCUGAUACAAUACAUAGAUGUAUUGAUUGGAUUCGAAUUCCAGCAUUGGAUUUAAGUGUUUUCAGGUAAAAUAGCGUCAGCUCACUUAUUUCUUGGAAAACGAAGUUAUAGGAAAUCCCUGGUUUCUGAGCAGUAUUUAUUGAGGAACUUCAGUGGCCAGAAUUCCUGACAUAUCCUGUGACUGAAAGGGUAGCUUGGCUCUCACAGGUGACCUGUUCUGUUAAAAAAAAAUAAAAUGUGCGCACGUGCCUGUGUGUAUUUUAGACAGGGACAUUUUGUUAGAAACAGCCAUGAAGUUGUUGGGCGAUCUCCAGUUGCCAGAAUCAUGCAAGGAAUCCCUUCAUUCAAGCCGAUGAGGGCUGGGGUGGAGCUGGGGACAGCGUUGGGGAAACAUCCACCCUGUACACUGUCUAGUGAUGCGAGGCUUCAGAGGAGUGAAGGUUAUACUGGGAAUGUGAUUUCUCCAAGUAUUUGCUUCUAAUAUUUUUACUUGCAGUCAGAAAUGUAUGCUGAGUUACAUGGUCAGAGGUCAUAUUAAUAAACUUUAGGCUGAAGGACAAAUCCUCCAAGGUUUCACUGGAAGGGGAUGAAAGCUCAGUUAGUAGAACUUUUAA